UAAGAGGGAUACAGAAAAUACUUCCUGCUUUACGAACUCGGGGCACCUUUCUAAGAAAAUGGACAAGCUAUUAAAGAAAGGCAAGCCUCCACAAGGUAGUGAUUGGUCCAAAACAGGCACAUUUAUAAACAAACCAACAAAAGGAUGGCUUCAUCCUGAUGAUCAACUGUCUCCUGAAGCUGGUGUUUGUUAUGGUCUCAGGUAUGUGGGGUGUAUGGAAGUAAGGCAGUCGAUGAGGACACUGGACUUUGAAACAAGAACUGCUGUUGCAAAGGAGUCAAUCAGUAGGGUGUGUGAUGCUGCUGGAUUGAAAACAGCUACAAAGAAGAAAAAGGACAAGAAACUAGUAAAAAUAUUGGGCGAGCACCCCAAGAUGAUAUAUGCAGGAACAAAUGUGAACUUGACCAUCACCACAGAUGCCUUGACUCUGAUGAUUAUGGACACAGGAGAGAUUCUCGUACACCAUGAAAUGCCUGGAAUAUCUUUUGCCUCAGGAGGAGAUCCAGAUACCAUGGACUUUGUUGCUUAUGUAGCCAAGGACUCUGUGAAUGGGCGUGCCUGUCACAUCCUGGAGUGCGGGGGAGGUCUAGCACAGGAUGUCAUCACCACCAUGGGACAGGCCUUCGAACUGAGAUUUAAAGAGUUUCUCAGAAAUCAGCCCAAGGCAAUGAAUCUCCCAGACAAACUAGAGAGUCCAGUGUUCAGCAAUGAGGAGUCAGCCUGGGGAGAUGACCCGGACUAUUACAAUGACAGACCUGGAGCUGUAGCACCUGAUCAGGCUCCACCCAUACCACCUCUCCCAGUCUACUCUGCUCCCAAGUCCAACCAACCUAAAAUGGACAAGCUAUUAAAGAAAGGCAAGCCUCCACAAGGUAGUGAUUGGUCCAAAACAGGCACAUUUAUAAACAAACCAACAAAAGGAUGGCUUCAUCCUGAUGAUCAACUGUCUCCUGAAGCUGGUGUUUGUUAUGGUCUCAGGUAUGUGGGGUGUAUGGAAGUAAGGCAGUCGAUGAGGACACUGGACUUUGAAACAAGAACUGCUGUUGCAAAGGAGUCAAUCAGUAGGGUGUGUGAUGCUGCUGGAUUGAAAACAGCUACAAAGAAGAAAAAGGACAAGAAAUUAGUAAAAAUAUUAGGCGAGCAUCCUAAGAUGAUAUAUGCAGGAACAAAUGUGAACUUGACCAUCACCACAGAUGCCUUGACUCUGAUGAUUAUGGACACAGGAGAGAUUCUCGUUCACCAUGAAAUGCCUGGGAUAUCUUUUGCCUCAGGAGGAGAUCCAGAUACCAUGGACUUUGUAGCUUAUGUGGCCAAGGACUCUGUGAAUGGGCGUGCCUGUCACAUACUGGAGUGCGGGGGAGGUCUAGCACAGGAUGUCAUCACCACCAUGGGACAGGCCUUCGAACUGAGAUUUAAAGAGUUUCUCAGAAAUCAGCCCAAGGCAAUGAAUCUCCCAGACAAACUAGAGAGUCCAGUGUUUAGCAAUGAGGAGUCAGCCUGGGGAGAUGACCCGGACUAUUACAAUGACAGACCUGGAGCUGUAGCACCUGAUCAGGCUCCACCCAUACCACCUCUCCCAGUUUACUCUGCUCCCAAGUCCAACCAACCUGUAGAUGAGAAUGGUUAUUCCUCUGUAAAGUUCAGAGAUCCAGUGUACGACAAUAAAGAUGGUGCAAUAGGUUUACUGGUGGAUUUAUCAGAGCCACAGAAAGAGGCAUUUCAAGAUGACUUUGAGGCUGAGAGUGAUCUGUCAAUGGUUAAACCACCUGUAACAUAUGACAACCUGCCCAAUGAACUGGCAGAGAUGGAAGCCAAGGGAGCUGUAGGGGGCGGCGUCUAUGAUAAUCACGGUGCUACAAGUGGGGCUAGUAAGGAUCUGGACCCAUUUGACAUGAAACCAUUUAAAAGCAGCUUAAGUGGUGAACAAACUGGAGCAGCUUCAGGCUCCCCUGGUGACAUAACACCCAAAAAUGAGGAAUGGUUCCAUGGUGCACUCACAAGACAACAGGCUGAAGAAAAACUGAAAAAAGAUGGUGAUUUUUUGGUGCGUGAGAGUAAAAACAGUCCCGGUCAGUACAUUUUAAGCGGGAUGAGGAGUGGUCACUUCAAACAUCUGAUGUUAGUGGAUCCCAAUGGAGUGGUGAGAACUCGUGAUCGCACAUUUGACAGUAUCAGUCACCUGGUGAACUAUCACAUGACCAACAAGCUGCCUAUCAUGUCGCAGGAGAGCGAACUGUUACUGAAAAGACCAGUCGUUUCAUUGGGAUGAUACGAACAAGUUGACAUAAACAGCUUCAGCAUUCAUUAUCGUCCACCACCAUUGUGCUCAUACUUUCUUAUUCAUGUUUUAUGGUCCUAUAUUUGUCUGUUUCUAUGUGAUCAAAAUACACAGGAGGAUUUCAGUCUGAGAGUUGUCUACUUGGGUUCUGUUAUGUGAUGGGUUAAUGUGAUUAGGGUGCCAUUUGUUUCAGUAACAUCUGUAUAUGUAUACUGUGGAAGUGGGUCAUUAGAUUAUGUCUUAUGAGUACUCGUGUGUACUGCACUGAUGUAGUAAAAGACUACUUGAUGUUUCGUGCUGCUUAUUGAAUCUUGUGUACGCUUUUAUUCAUAAAUAUUUGAUGGUGCUAGUUUAGCCGUAGCACUGUCUCAGUAUGCCACGUACUGGUAUUUUGACUCUUUUUUAUUUCUGUUUUAAUGUCACAUGGAGAACAAAGCUAGGAUAACUGUAUUGUAAAGAAAAAAUACUUCAUUUCAGUUCAUGUUUGUGUGAGAAGUCAUUUACGUUAAGUUAUCAUGUAAUCACAGUUAGUUAAUGGGUAAAAUGGGUAAACAAUUUAAAUACCUGGGUAUCAUCUACAGUAGCCUAGAAUUAACCUUAGUAAUAAAUGAUACACAUAGGAGAAGGUUAGGCAAUAUAUUCUAGGGGCAGGUGACUGUACUGCAUUAAAAAGAAUGGAUUUUAUUCUGGGUUUUUAUGUGUAUAUAUAAAUAUACAUUUGUGAGUGGAUGAGAUCCUGUAUUUUGAUGAUAAUUGACUUGGUAAGGCACGUUAUGCCACCACUUCUGAAAUAAUUAGAAGUCCCCAACAGAAGAGCAUUAUUUUAUUAUUAUUUUUGAAUGUAUGCAUAAAAUGUGCUUAUAUUAGUUUCUGUAGAGGGCUUUUUUAAUGUCAUUGACAAUGCUUAUUAUUUUUGACAGGACUGUUUGCAUUAUUGUUUUUUUUUAACUUGAAAAAACUAUCCUCACAGACUUGUAGUCCAAAAUAUUUCUAUGAUGUAGAAAACUUUAUAAGAACUAUUUUGCUAAUACACUUCUUCUUGGUGCUGUAAAAUUUCUACUUCAAUUAUGCAUUUGUACUCUUAUAAGUUUUGAUGAAUUUGUAUGAUCAACUUGUAUGACUAUGUUAACUGCAAUGGCAGAGAGCAUUUUUGGGUUGUUUAUGUGAUGCAAUUUGUACAGGCACCUGUGCUGCAGGCAGCAUUGUGGGCUUACAACUAUUUUAAAGAAAGAUGUGAAAAUUGUUACAUGACUAUCAUGUUUUCUAUAUGCAUAAGGCCAGGGUGUACUUAAUGUAAUGUAAGGUUGUGCAAAGACCGAAUAGUAGUAUUUGUUUUCAUUUGUGUUAUCUUUAGAUUCUCAUUCAUAGACUAAUGAAAUAGUAGCAUACAUGUAGCAGACAACAUUUUCUGUAGACUCUGUAGGUACAUAGAUGUUAUAAACUACUGCAUGGAAUAAAGUUCAGUAUUAAAUUUA